UUAAGAUCGACGCGAUCGAGGAGCGAACGAGAAGGAGUAACGAUUUCUUCGAACGUUCGAUUAAAACAGUUUUUCUCUUCCUUCUUAUUCCUCUACUUCUAUUUCUACUUCUUCUUAGUCUUCUACUUCUACUUCUUCUUCUUCUUCUUUUUCUUCUUUUCUUCUUCUUCUUCUACUUCGUCUUCUUCGUCUUCUUCGUCUUCUUCUUCGCUGCCUCUAUAUCUUCUUCCCCUCCUCGUCCUCCUCCUCCUUCUCCUCCUCCUCCUCCUCCUCCUCCUCUUUCUCCUCCUCCUCCAUUACUUCGAUGAGGAGAAAUCGGUGCCAGUGAGUCUCGGAUAAUGUCAGACGACGGAUCGGUUUAUUUCGCGUUGGAUAUAACGUACACGUGCUCCUAACAAUCUCUAUCGAUACUUUUUCCUCUUCUCUCGUUCCAUUUUCUACAUUUAUUUUCUUUCUUUUUUUUAAUUCUUUCUUUCUUUUUUGUUUAUUUCCUUCACGAACGUGGACGUUGGAUUAUCCGUCACCGGAUCGACACAAGUCGGAGAAUACCUGAAGAAUAAGUGAACGAAAAGAAAAAAGGAAAAAGAGAGAAAUAAAGAAGAAGAAGAAAAAAGCGUCGAUAUAGUUGACAAUUUAAGAUAAAAAAUCGUCGAUAAUAAUAGUGAUGAGAAAGGGAGAACAAAAUAUUCUUCCGAUUGGACGUGUGAAAGGUGCGAGUCUCUCGAACCAUUUCGAGUGACACUUCGUAAUUCCUACGUCUACUUUCUCUCGUUCGUCGUCGUCAUCGUGUCGUGUCGUAUCGUAUCGUCUGGUGCGUGCAUGCGUGCGUGCGUGCGUGCAUGCCGUGCCGUGGCGUGUCGUGCCGUGCAAUAAAAGUCGAUAGGAUCGAGAAUUGUCGUUGGCAUGAUACUUUAAGGUUUAAACUUACGUACGCGAUUAGAUUUCAUCGUAUUAGAUAUCACGUCUUGAUCUAACGAAGAGAAAUUAAGGACAUUGCUAUGUAUUUAAGUACACUAUGCGAAAGGGUCCAAAGGAAGGAGUUAUGAGAUCGACUCGGUGCUCUGCAUGAAUCUAAGAAUACACCACUGCGGGUGGAUCGUUGAACCAGCUUUUCCUCUCUUUCCUCUCCACGUGUCGACGAGAGCCUCGCUAACGAAAGAAAUAAAUCACAAGAACUUUCUCUCUCUCUCUUUCUCUCUCUCUCUCUUUCUCUCUCUCUCUCACUCUCUCACUCUCUGUGUCUUGGUCUUUCUCUUCCUCUUUCCUUGAAGUCGUUUACGCGGGAUCUCCCGCAGUUGACUCGAAAGGAUGUCUGGAGACAGCACGUCAGAUGAGGAGGGCUCGCAAGAAGACCCACCCCGAUACGAUAUCGACGACAUGGAGAUCGUCAAAACGAUCGGUACGGGAACGUUUGGGAGAGUGGUACUAUGCAGACAUCGUGGAAAACCUCUCGCUUUGAAGAUACUCUCUAUGGUAGACGUGAUCAGGCUGAAACAAGUCGAACACGUUCGCAACGAGAUCACGGUACUAAAGGAGGUCAAUCACCCCUUCAUCGUCAACAUGCUUUGGAGCGGUAGAGACGAGGCCAGACUCUACAUGCUAUUCGAAUUCGUAGCCGGUGGCGAACUCUUCUCUUAUUUGAGAGCAGCCGGAAGAUUCUCUGGACCAACCAGUUGCUUUUACGCUGCUGAAAUCGUCUGCGCUUUGGAGUACCUUCACAGCAAACACAUCAUUUAUAGAGACUUAAAACCAGAAAAUCUACUUCUCGAUAGUCAAGGACAUCUGAAAAUUACCGACUUUGGUUUUUCGAAAAAACUUACUGACAGAACGUGGACUCUUUGCGGCACACCGGAAUAUUUGGCACCGGAAAUCAUUCAGAAUAAAGGACACAACAAAGCCGUUGAUUGGUGGGCCCUCGGUGUACUGAUUUACGAAAUGUUGGCUGGUUUCCCACCGUUUUUCGAUGAUAAUCCUUUUGGAAUAUAUGAGAAAAUACUCAGCGGUAGGAUAGAGUGGCCCAAACACAUGGAUCCCAUCGCGAAAGAUCUCAUCAAGAAAUUACUCAUCGCAGAUAGAACGAAGAGAUUAGGAAAUAUGAGACAAGGAGCUGAAGAUGUUAAGAGGCAUCGUUGGUUCAAGCUUGUCGAGUGGCCUCUGGUACCUCAAAGAGCCUUGACACCACCGAUCAGGCCGAGAGUGAAAGCACCUGGUGAUCCUAGUUGUUUCGAUGAUUAUCCUGAAACCGAUUGGCGUUCUCAACCACCUUUACCACCUGACCAACUAGCACUCUUUCAAGACUUUUAGCCAAAUUCAAAGGAGAUGAUAUUUCAUAUCUCAUACAGAUCG